AAGUACUGGUAACGGAAGAGAACUGAUCAGUCGCCGCAGAAAAGUGUUUCAAAAGCAGUACAAAUUCUUUAUUACUGAAUGUAUCUCCAUUUUGUCUAGUAGUAGCCGGAAUGUCUGUUUAUGACGCUCAACAUGGCGGCGUUGUUGGUGCAGCAUAAGAACUGCGUCUUAUAAUGUAGACAUAUUUUUACUGAGGUAGUGAGUUUAUUGAACUGAUAAUACAAGUCAGAUACCAAAAUUCAUUAAGGUGUCAUACCUUUUGAAGUUCCUGUGUAUUUAGUGUUAUAAGGGCAGCAAUCAGAUAUGUCAGGUCCACAUGGUAAAGUGCGAGGUGCAGGAAGACCUUCAAAAAACAAGACGUCGUGUACGUGGUGUGGGGAGAACAAACAACCCUUGAAAUAUGUAUUACCAACACAACACGGCAAGAAGGAAUUCUGUUCAGAAACCUGUUUGUCAGAAUUUAGAAAGGCAUAUGUAAAGGGUGCCUGUCUGUACUGUGACAAUGUUAUUCGUGGUACUCCUGUUCGAGUUGAGCAGCAGGAUUCAUCUGCAAAGGAUUUCUGUAGCACCUAUUGUCUCAACAAACAUACGAAAAAGGAACAGGCAGCUCAGCUGGCAGAACAGAAACGAGUGGGCAGCACUGAACAGCGUUCUCUUGGUUCCACCUCUUCUCAAGCCUCCCCAGCUUCAGUGAUGCAGUUUGACUCAUAUACAACUUUUGAUUGGGAUGUAUAUUUGAGGGAAACAAAUAGUGUCACUGCACCACCAGAGUACUACAAGCAGCACAUGACUCCUCCAACAAAUGAAUUCAAGAUUGGAAUGAAAUUGGAGGCUUUAGAUCCAAGAAAUCUAACCUCAACAUGUAUUGCAUCUGUUGUUGGAAUUCUUGGUCCAAGGUUAAGGCUCAGACUUGAUGGAAGUGAUAACAAGAAUGAUUUCUGGCGACUUGUUGAUUCAAAUGAAAUACAUCCCAUUGGCCACUGUGAGAAACAUGGUGGAAUGCUUCAGCCUCCUUUGGGUUUUCGAAUGAAUGCAUCUUCAUGGCCAAUGUUUCUUCUGAAGACAUUGAAUGGUGCAGAAAUGGCUCCAUCAAAAAUAUUCAAAAGGGAACCUCCUACACCAAAAAGUAACUUGUUUCAAGUGGGAAUGAAGCUUGAAGCAGUAGAUAAAAAGAAUCCGCAGCUGAUCUGUGCUGCAACUGUGGGAGCUGUUAAGGGUGAAAUGAUCCACGUGACGUUUGAUGGGUGGCGUGGAGCAUUCGAUUAUUGGUGUCGGUUUGAUUCUCGAGACAUCUUUCCAGUUGGCUGGUGUGCCAAGAGUGGGCAUCCAUUGCAGCCUCCAGGGCAAAAGACUGCACAUGGAGCUAGCCGGUACAAAGCGAGAGUGUGCAAUAUUCCACCUCCUCUGGCUGGAGUGGGUGGUACUCCUGGCAGCAUGGAACCACAACAAUUGUCACCAGGCAGUGCUGGGACUGCUGCAGCGACAGAGGCAAGUUCAACAAAUGGUGGUACAAUUGGUAUCACUGUGACUGAACCAGAUACAUCCACAAUGCAGAAACAAACAGCAGUUUGUGUAUUUGUAAACCAUGGCUGUACGUGUGGUCCAUACCUGGAUCCUCGGAAGGUUGCAAACCUUCCAAUGGUUUUCAAUGGGAAAAGUAUCAACCGAGUUCUGCGAGAGUGUGUGCAGUCACUUGUUGAUGCUGCGCUGGACCAAAAGCAGAUAUUUGGAUUAUUGCGACAAGGAGAAGGGAGAGUUGUUAUUACAGCAUCAUUUGACAGUAAAACUGUACAUGUGAGGCUUCCUGUAAUAGAAAAGGUGGCUGAGUUAUGGAAUUUUCUAGAGAUUUUGUUUGAAGAACUUAUGUGCUGUGAAAACUUCUACACAAGUCAGCACUUGGUUGGUGCCUGUUCAAAGUGCUCGAAACAAGGAUUACAGUCUGUUGCUUUGAAGAAAGAGGAUUGUGAAGUUAGUGGAGGUGCAGAUGCGGUGACAGAUAAUGAUGGAGCCAUGAAGCGUAGAUGGUCCUCUGAGAGCUCUGACUCAAAUUCACGGUUGGGUCCAGGUCCAACAACCACCACAGCACCUACACCUUCACCUUCUCUCUCAUCAACCACAGCCUCUGCAGCAAAGCAGCCUCGAAAAUCCGUGCCAGCUGAACUGGAGGCAGCAACAUCCACUACACAUUCUGAGGCUCCGCCCAAGACACCAGCAGAUCCGUCUGAAUGGUCAAUUGAAGAUGUUAUACAGCAUAUUGCUUUCAUUGACCCUGCCCUAGGAGUCCAUGCAGAUCUCUUCAGAAAACAUGAGAUUGAUGGUAAAGCAUUGCUGCUACUUAACUCAGACAUGAUGAUGAAAUACAUGGGCCUAAAACUGGGCCCUGCUCUCAAGAUCUGUAAUUUGGUCAACAGAAUUAAAGGACGAAGACAUCUGCUCUUAUGACAGUGAACUAUGUCGUCACCUAGAAUGGUGUAAAUGCAACAAUUUGUGAUACAUAAGGCAAGUAAAAUAAUACUGUUAUAGUAAGUAAUUUGUGAAUAUUAUGAAUUGAAAUUAAAAUGUAAACUGUAAUAAACAAACUUUAUUGAAUUGGAGGUAACAAUGAGCUUCAUUGCUUGGGAGCAAGUUUGUAUGCUGUGGGCCGGAGUUCAAUUAUUUGCGUUGAGAAGAAUGAAAGAAAAGAUUGUUUUGGUAAAAAUGUGUAAAAUGGAAAGUCCGUUUUUUGUGUUAAUGUGUGGAACAUUUAUUUUGCCUUAGUACCAAAUAAUUGAUACAUUUAAAUGGAUUCUGUGCCAUUUUGGUCCUGUUUUAUAAGUGUUUUAAAGUUGUGUGAACUUGUUUCAUUAAAUUUUCCUUCUACAUAUUAUUAUUUUGUUCCAUAGUAAAAUUUUACAAACAAAACAGACUCCUCAGAUUUUCUAUAAUUUGAACACACAUUGAUGGGGAUUAGUGUUAUACGGUAGUGUUCAGUAAUUUUGUUAUAUAAUAUUGCAGUGGAAAGUAUUUUGAUACUGCUGCUUAUGAUUUGUUAUUUAGAUUAUUGUACCACCAUCAUUGUUUAUGUGGACUUUGUGCAACAUUCAUUGGUUAUGUUGUAUGUACAUUAAAUUAGGUUCUUUAAAAUGCAGAAUGUUAAGAAUUUUACUGCUGAUAAGCCACAGAUGAAACUUAUGUUUCAUCAAAGGUUUUACUGUUUUAAUUCUAUAAUGUGCAUAGCAAAAAUGUUCUGGAAAUAAUUAAAAACCAAAACACAUAUAAAUGUUGUUCCUUAGACUGAUGUUAUUAAUUUUCAAGGACAAGAUUUAGAUUUUGUUGUUGUUAUGAUUUUAUAAUUCACAUCUCAGUAUGUUUUAGUGUGUUGGGAAAGAGCACCACUGUGGGUCUGCCAUUAAUCAAAUUUAUGAAGGUAUUUGUCAGCUUUUUGUUCAGAUGUUUGCAGUAAUACCUUCUAAACCUUCGCAUUAAGACAUAACCAAUAAAUCUGUUAGUUUAUGUUGUAAUAUUUGUUCUGUCCUCUAAUUUCCCUGGUGUGCCAGUGCAAUUUGAUAUGUAUUAAAAUGUACAAAGUGCGUGUAUAAAUGUGUAUCGUGGGAAAUCCUGUUACACUAUGUUUCUAAGAGAAGAACCAGAUUAUGUGUGGAAAGUCUACUGUGAAAGUUUAUAUUUGCUGAUGAAUUAACUGUAUAUGAAGCUAAUUCAUUCAUUGCUCUUACUAGCUAAAGCACAUAGUAAAAGAGCUGAAAGCUCUUUUGUGAAAUUUCACGUGAACAUUUGUAGCAUGAAUAUCUUUCAAGAUAAAACUACAUCUUGCUCAGUGAAUAUACUGUAUUCUUUGUUGCUACUGUUUUAGAGUUACCUAUGAAGUCAGUCAACAGGUAAUGUAUAAUGUAUAAGAUUUAUUUAGUUUGAGUGUUCACAAAGGUAGAAUAUCCAUAUGUACUGGAAUGGCUUUAAUAAUUGUAAUUUAUCACAGAAUUAAUGCAGUUUUAUGUUUUAGCCCAAGGUUUCUCAAAAUGUUUGGUUAGUAAUAACCCUGGUUCAUUGUGCAGAGUGUUAUCAUACAGUAAAGAUAUGCCUUUAUUGCUGUAUUAAGAAAUAGUGUAAAUACAGUAAUUGGUAUGAAUUUGUUGGUACAGCCAUGAAUAUUACCCAGUUCGAAUCCCAAAUGGACCUGAUAUUGUGCCUGAGGAUUAUCAUGCUUUACCACAGGCCCUACAGACAACCUUUAAAUAGGGCCCAACUGCCCCUUCCCAUAUCCUCUGCCAUUCAUAAUUAUCAAUGUGCAGUGGAAUUUAAUUUAUGUACGUGCAGUGCAUAACUGAGAGCAGGUAUUUGUUUGACUGAAGCCUUCAUCAUAAGUCAGUUCUUCAGAACUGAUCUGAUGCACACUAUGCUUACCUGAAAUUAAUCAUGUUUUAAGAGUAUUGUAUUUCUAUUAUCUGUUCUUUGUUAGUAAAAUUGACAUUAUUAAUUUUUCUGACAAAUUUUUAAACAGUGUCCAUACAUUUGUUUUCUGGCCUACAUCAAGUGUUCAUGAGCAGAAACCACAUUCUUUUAAACCAAUUUUGAAUUGUAAAUUCUGUGUUAUGAGAGUCCAAUUCUAGAUUUCUCACAAGGGACACAUGCAAAAUUUAGAGGUUUUGCUUUCUAAGUUACCAGACGUACUAAAUGUGGUGUGUUUAUUGAAUGUUUUUUCUUUCUGGCCUGUGUCCAUUUAGGAAAGGGUAUAGAAUCGGCUACUUUGUUGGGAGAACACACAGGGCAAAUUCUGUUCUCUCGAUAUUGUGAUCAUAAGAAUGAAGAAAUGUAGAUGCAUGCACGUGCUAAUUAAAGAUCUGUAUAUAAAGAAACUACUCAGUUUAUGUUUAUAAAUGCUUCUGAUUUUAUAUAAAUUGUGUUUUAUUGCCAGACACUUUGAGAAACUUUGUUUUAGCCUUCUUUUCAGGUUUUCUGAAACGUUCUGUUGUAAGUUCCAUAGAAAAUAUUAAGAGUGUAUGAAUACAAUUUAUUUUUCACAUAAGUUUCAUAUGAUAGUUUGUUUUGUGUGUAUGUGAUUCUUUAUCUUUGGUGGCUUAUUCGUAAACAAACUCCAUUGUCAGUAGUUGGUAUAGUAGGGAAGCUAUUUGAUUUAUUUAAUUUUGUAAUUGUACCAUUUUACUGACUGACUGCAAAGCAUAUACAAUUUUACAAAUUCUGUCUCUCAGUAGAUAUGGUUUUAUAAAGUGUUCAGUAAACAACACCCCUAGGAUACUGCAUAUCAGCUUAUCUUUGAAAUCACAGUCUGGACAUUAAGAUGAUAUGUUUUAAAGUCUGAAGGCCUGAAUAAUGUAUUUUUGACAUGAAAAUUGUGUGCUGUCCUAAAUAAGUACCUGGUAUCAUGGUAGAAUCUAAGCGAAUUUCAGCACUUUCAUUGACCAAAAUAAACUUAUUUUGUGUUAAUUUAAUUUAUCUUUCAUGUUUCUGCAACGUCUUUGGUUUCAUACACUAGUAUUUAUUUCAGUGUGAAGUCUGUCAUCUGUGGGAAGUCAUUUGAAAACAUACUUUUAAAUUAUUAUAACAGUGAUUACCAAUCUGAUAAGUGAAUUAUGAGAAUUGCUAAUGGCAAAUGUUACUUUGAUAUAGAUUAUAUAUGAAAUGCUGAGUGAGAAAUGUUGUUAGAUUAAAACUGUGGUGCAGUAAUAAUUUCCUGAACUGUGCUAAAAUAUUUUGUUCACAAAUUGCUAUUGACCCAGAGUAAUGUAUUGCACUUUGAUCAUGAAAGUUGACAAUAAACACAAAGAAUGUGAUUGUUUUUAUGUAUACUAUUUACCAUGGCAUGUGUUUUCUUGUCACUACAUAAGAGCCCAUUUUAAAGCCACAGUAUGUUCACUGGCCAAAUUUUAUGCCUUUCAAUUUUUCUUUGUUUCUCUGACAUUACCAUAUAUUUGUCUCAGGAAUACAGUAUUUUCUUGAUGCCUUGCAAUUAUUAGUCCUAAGAUGGCUAUUUUCUGGGUUGUGCCAUGUUGUAAUCAUCUCCCUGUGAUGGAGGCAUCAAGGACCUCUGAAAUGUUGGUAAACUUCUGCCAUACUACAUAACACAACAAGCCAGAAGACAGCCAUCUUAGGACUCACCACUGCAGAACCUCAAAUCCUGCUAAUUAUUAGCCCUUUUAGCAUGCCUUAAACUAUUAAUUUAUAAUUGGUACCAUAUGUGGUUAGUGAGAAUAAAAGUAUCUUUUGAUGAUUUCAUCAUGUGAUUUACAGUGUUAAUGUUCCAUAUAAUAGGUACAGUUAUUGUAAACACAAACUACUAAUACCACAUAUUAUACAUUGUCAGUUCUCAGCAAACCACAUACUAUGUUAUAUCUGUCAGUUGUGGCACAUCUCAAAACAUGUGCAUUGAUAUGAAACUAUUGUCUAACAAUAUUAAGACAUCAGCAUCAUUCACUUUGGAUCAUCAGUAACAAAGAUAUUGGACUUGUAUUCAUAUCUGAUGGGUGUUAUAUUAUAACAAAACGUACCUCAAAGCAAAGUCAUGGCCCCAUGGAACAUAUGUGUGGUGAUGAUGGCAACAAUUUUAAUCCUAUUCCAUUGUCACAAAGCUUCGGAUUUAAUAAUCUGACUAUUUCUUCCAAACUGCUCUCUUCAAAGUAUAUAUAGAAAUCAUGUUCUUUGUUGUUAAGUUGAAGGUUUCACAGGAAGAACUGAUGGCAGCUGUUUGGUUAUUCGUGUAUGUGAUUUCAUAAAUAACUUAGGAAACAUUUGGUCUGCAAAGGGAUUGCUGCCGCAGACUGGCAAGGCUGCCCAGAGUAUAGUCAAGUUUCUUUAUAUAUUUUAAUGAAGCCAUGCAGCUGUUUGCUACAGUUUGUAUACUUUGAAGUACAGUAGAGUCCCAAUUAUCAAACAUUCCAUUUUAUUCAGUGUACCUAUUACUAAUUUUAAAAAAAAACUCAUUUCCAUUUUACAUUAUGUUUAAUAUUACUUUUGUUUGUGAGAUACAGUGGAACCUCGAUGUAACGCAGGUUUUGGGGGACAGCUUCAGUACCCAUCUUAUAUGUGAAAUUGACAUUUAUAUAAUUUUGGAAUCCCUGAUGUUAUGUAUAAUUAUCCAGUGACUAAAAUAUAUGAAAUUUAAGGGGCAUUUCAAACUUAUGUUUUUACCAAUGCUACUGGUAAAAUUAGCAUCAGAACAAUGUAACUCUUCCUGUCUCAACCAAAAAUGGUGCUCACUAAAGUUUGCUGUUUCAGCAAAAUAACCCCAAGGUUAGAAAAACCAGAAACAUACCUAUUCAUUGCGGACUAUGGACUUCACCCUCUGUACCUGCACACUACAGCAAUAAAUGUUGCAAUACAAUCUUAUAUUGUAACCAGAACAUUUCAUAGAAAUUUGUACGAUGUAAAAUAUGUAAUCAUAUUGUGGGACAUGAUCACAGCUGCAGUAUAAGGCACGGUAUAUCAAGUUUCCACUGUAUUUCAUUUUAUACUGUAUUGAAUUUUCUCCGUAAUUUAGUAAUAUCAUAAAUUGAGUUGAUAUUUACUCUCAUAUUUUUCAUUAGUCUUCCCUAUUAUCCAACAUUUUCGGUUAUCCAACCAUCCUUUAGUUCUGUUUAGGUCAGAUAAUCGGUACUCUACUGUAUAUUUGUCUUUGGGUAUGGAGUUUGGCUAUGAAUUGUACACCUAAUGUUUUAGAACAUUGUUGGUUGAGGAAAGGGGUAAAGGAGGGAUGAUAUGUUAACAGUGAGGAAAUCUACAAAGUAAAUUCUUUCAUGGCAUUGGAACUAGAUGUUUUAUCAUAAAAAUAAUGUUAAAUUUAUACCAAAAACAUGCCAGAUGAAAGCAAUAAAUGAAGAACUUGUAACAUGUAACUCCUUUCAGCUUAUGAAUGGUGUCGAGAUAAUUACAUUGAUAUGAAUGUUCUCUGAUUUUUCAGUAUCAUUUUUACAGUCUAAAAGUACUUACCCCUCUCCUGUCUUUGAAAUUUAGCCACAUUUUAUUUUUAACAGUCUAACUUUAUAAUAGUGUGAAAGAUAUAAAUGUAUGUAGGUACCUAAGUACUGUAUAUACGUGUAUGUAUAGUUUAUAGUCACAAAAUGCUAUUAGCAUAUUUUCUUGGAAAUUAUUUUCUUGUAGUGAUCUCUUUUCAUAAUAUGCAAGUAUCCACUCCAACAUUUAUUCCAUGAACUCUGAGUUAUUAUAAUGUGAACAGAUAUGAUGUGUAGUUGCAAAAUGUAAUGAAAUAGUUAUGAGAAGGCAGAACAGACUAUAAUGAUGCAGUUUCUCUUGGUCCUUAUUUUUCAAUUAGAAGAAAAAUUUUAAAUUUUCUUCACUAUUAAUCCUUGUAUCAUAAAUACAUUAUGUGCCUGUCAUUGAUUGCUAUGAUUUCCUCUCUGAAUACCAUAUUUUAGGUUAGAGAACUAUCUCUUUACCCAUCUCUGUUGUUUAGGUUAUAUGUGCUCACUCUGUUGCACACCUUUGAUGAUAGAAUCUGGAGACAACAUAAAAUCAUAUUCAUAUUUUUGCUUGCUCUGAGAUGAAUGUUUACUCACUAUCUUCUGUGAUGAGCAUGGUGACAUGGAAAAGAUUGGGUAAAGAAGGAAGAAAAAGGUAAAAGUUUAUCUUUUGAAAGAUGUUACAGUUAGAAAACAUUACACAAUCUUCUGCUAGCCUACAAUAAUACUGAAGCUAUCAUAUAUGAGUAAAUGAAGAAUGUGAAAAAUAUGAACUUGUUUUUGCUUAUUAUAGCAUUUCUGGGAAAAUAGCACAGAAUGAAGGAAUUUAAGUAUAUAAAUUUUAAAACAGCCAGUACAUGAUGCAUUAUUGUUGUAUUUAAAGAUAAAAUUGGUAAAUUAUCAGUUGUCAUUAUUUGAUCCUCUUACUUAGUAAAUAGGGACAAAGUUAAUUGCCCUUUUCACCAUAAUAAGAUAGUUUCUUCCAACUUUACAGUGCUGUGCAAAACUACUUGUUCUUUCCUCUCAAAUAUAAUUUUGUGUAUGUUAUUAUAGGAACCUGAAACCUGUUACUGCCAGUUUUUGCUAAUAAAUCUGGAAGCCAAACUAAUAAUUCCUAGUAAGAACUAGAAAAGACUGCUGUAGUUGGUGAAAGCCAGAAUGAACAUUGGAAGACCUAGUAUUUACUGCUCUUCAGUUAAAGCUUGUUCAUACAGCUUCUUCAUUAUUUACACGUAAUUCUCACUGGGGUUUAUGAUUAUGGAGAAAUAUUCCAGUACAGAUUUUAUUUAGCCUAUUGCUACAAGAUAGCUUACAAACUUGUUGUGAUAGACUCUUUAAUCUCUCAUCACUUUUUGCUUCUUAAAAUGAAAGGAAAUACAAAUUUUAUAUGUAAAGGAAAAAACACAAAAUAUCCAAAAAAGACAAAUGAAAGUAUGACAGACUCAUUAACUUCAAGUUAUUAUGUUUUGUUUUUCUCAAAAUGUAUUAUAAUGCAAAGGAAAUGUCUACUGCAGAAAAUAUUUCAAGUUCAUUCCUGUUUACUUGUUUUUGCAUGAGCUGCUAUUGUGACAGUUUGAAUUGCUGUUUUUAUAUAUAUAUAUAUAUAUAUAUACACACACACACACACACACACACACAUAUAUACAUACACACACACGCACGCCCACCCACCUCUCCACAAGCAUAAAACCAAGCCAGUUUUUUAUAUUGACAUGUAACAUACCUUUGCCUGAACUCAAAGUGGACAGUAUUGUAGCAUGUCUUUAAAGAUAUUUCCUUCUCUUUAGCCACAUCAGUUAUUGCAACAAUAAAACUCUGUUUGCAAUUAUUAAAUUGAGAUGAGUACAAAUUCAUUAGGAUGCCUUUAUAUCCUAAUGUGUAAGUCCCGUCUUCAUGUGGUUUCCCUCAUUUGUUAAUCUGGAACUUACUUUCAGUCAAGGCUACAGUAAAGUCUAGUUCUUACUAUGAAAUUCCAGUUCUGUCUACUUCAUUUAGGAGGUUAUAGAUUUUACUAGUAAGUAGCAGUAAUAGAUUUUACUAGUAAAUAGCAGUAAUAGAUUUUGAGUUUUUAAUGUAACACACACAAACAUAUAAAUGUAAACAAGCAAGUGCAAACAGCUGUAAAGUGGUAGACUCUUAUUGAUUUUAUAUGAUGAAUAUAUUAGACAUUGCUUCAGAUAAAAUAAUCUCAAUAUGAAGUAAUUUUGGAGUUAUGUUACUGCAUCUAUUUGCAAAUGUUUACCACAAAACUUUGUACAGCAUACAGAGAGUAUUUUUGUAAUUUUUGUAACUGAAGCAGAUACUGGAACAUAUUAAAUCCUGAUGCGAGUUUUGAAAUGAUUGUAUAAAAUGUGCCUGUAUGACUUUACCAGAUUGCUGUAACAUAGCAUAAAACACUUGUAGAUGAUCUGCAAAAUUAAGGGAAGCUACUGUUGGUACAGGGUCACUGAUCAAAACCACAGAAAAUGAAGUAAUUAUUCUGUGCAAUGGUAAUCUGCCUUUUACUGCUGUGACCUAAAACUGGUCACCAAUAAGAUCUCAGGCUCAAACCUGUUGACAGUUUCCAGCAUUAAAAAAUAAAACAGCUCUUCUCAUAAGGUUUUGAUAAUUCUUUGACCAUAAUUUUGAUUUUGAACCAAUGGUUUAGAGAUUGCAUUUAUUAAAUGUUAAUAAUAAUUUUCAAUAGCUGUAGGCAUUAUAAUACUUGAGUUCCUUAUGGAGUGAAAGCUCUCAUACUGUAACAGUGCAGAUAUAUGAUUAUAUAACUUCAAUGUAUAUAAAAGUUUACACUGCUAAUACAAUUAAUAAAUAUAGAACAAUAAUUUGUUAA